AUGUCGAGGCUAAGAAGUGACGAUUAUGAGCUCUAUAUCCGACAGGGCCCAGAGAGAGCGAGGGUAGCGGGCACAAAAGAGAAAGAUCGAAAACCUGUCGACCCUCCACCAAUUAUUCAGUUGAAGAUCAGAGAUGACAGCGACCCCCAGCAAAACUACUUACAGAGCCCGUACUACUUUAUGUGUACAAACCUUUACCCAGCCACAGAAACCCCAAAGGAUAAUACCGGUGCAAGCUCAUCGUACAACCAGGCCCUGGCUGGUACUCUUGUAUCUUCGUUGCACAGACUCAAGGACAUCGACAACACUGAUGGGGGGUUUUUCGUAUUCGGUGACCUUUCCGUCAAGGUCGAAGGUCAGUUCAGAUUAAGAUUCAGUCUGUUCGAAAUAUCGUCUAGCGAAGUCCAUUAUAUUAAAUCAAUAACUUCGGCACCUUUCACCGUCUACCCAAUGAAAAACUUCCCCGGAAUGUCAGAGUCUACAUUUCUAUCCAGAUCUUUUGGCGACCAAGGUGUCCGCCUCAGGAUCAGAAAGGAACCCCGAACUCUAGUAAGAAAACGUGCCUAUCGCCCUCCUCCACCAGAGGCAUAUGCCAGUGCACAAAUGAGGAGGCCUUCAUCUCCUGAUAGUCAUUAUAUACAUGGAUACCCAACGCCUCACCCUUCGGUCGAUUACGGGUAUGGACCCUAUCACGAUGCGCAUAAGCGGAUGAAAAUGGAAUCGAAUCCCCCUCCUCCAUACGGAUCCCAUGGGCGUGAGCCAUAUGGUGAACGCUCGCCAUACGGCGAAUAUCCCCCAAACCACCCACCACCAAAUCAAACAAAUUAUCACACUGGCUAUCCAAACUACCCGCCCUACCAACAGCGCUCCCCGACAACCCCAGGAGGAUACUUCCCUCCCCAUCAUGGCCCCCACUCAAAUUCUGGAUACGGACAUUAUCCUCCACAUUCGCAACACCCUCAGCACGAGUAUCAAAGUCGUCAUUCGUCCUACUCUGGUCCUUCUCCUGUCCAUCCUACUCAACAGCCUUCUCCGCUUUACGAAUCACCCAAUCUACCACCAUCAGCUCAAAGCACUAGGUCGCCGGUUGCAGGUUCUGGUCCCUACAAGAGUUAUGAAAGGCAUAAUUCAGCCUCUUCCGCAGGGUACCCACCAUCAUACCCUGAAGAUACAUCUGCAAGCAAACAGCCACCAUAUCGGGCGGCACCGCAAUCCAGCUCGGUUCACUCGCCACCUGGGGGACUUCCAUCACCGGGGCUAUCAAGAACAUCCGGUUCCAUGGCUUCUCAUACAUCUUCACCAAUGAACUCUACAUCGAGAGGGUUAACAAUGCCAGCGCAACCUCCGUCACCAUACAAAUCAGGGAUUUCUUUGCCCCCACUGCAAUUACCUCCCUUGUCUGAGCCCCAUGGAUCUAGAUCACAGACACACACCAAAACCCCUGGCCCACCGAUUUCUUUUGAUUCAGCUGUUAGCCAAACUUAUGCUACAUGA